AUGUGCGGGACGACCUGCCCAUAUCCGGCAGAGUGCAGCCGCCACAAGGGCCUGGUGCAGCAUUUAACGUCAGACUGGCACUGGAACGACGGAUUCUUCAGCACUUCCGUGAACGUCCAACUACCAGCACAAGGAGAGCGGUAUUACAACAAUCUGCCGGAGGAAAUAAGAAACGCAACAUGGUUCCAACUCGAUGGAGCCCCUGCUCAUUCCACUGUGGCAAUCCGUGAAAAGUUGUCUGAAUUAUUUGGAGAUCGAUGGAUCGGACGAUUCGGACCUAAGCGAUGGCCACCGAGGUCGCCGGAUUUAACUUGUCUGGACUUCUUUUUAUGGGGAGCUAUCAAAAACGACGUGUAUUCUGCCGAAGUGGAUAAUGUAGAAAUGUUAAAAGAUCGAAUUAUUCAGGCAUUUAACACCAUACGGCAACGUGAUCUAAAUGUAGUUCAUCGAAAUACAUUAUUAAGGUACGAAGCAUGCAUACAAGCACAUGGCCAGCAUAUCGAGAACAUUUUAAAUUAAGUAAGUGGCUAGUAGGCAAUUAAUUAUUAAGGAUUCUGACAAGAAGCCAUAGAAUUUUAGUUAUUUUUUGUUUUCUUUAACUAUUUCAUUAUACGUGCAUAAAACCAAAAAUUAUUCAAUUAUUGCAUUUUUAUUAAG